AUAGUCUUACAUGCCUCCCCAACCCAACCCCACCCCUCCCUCUCUCUUCAAUUUGCAAUUUUUAUCCCUCUAAUUCCUAUCUUGUCUCCUCCUCUCUCUCACAGGCAGCUUGCCAUAUUUAACACCUGUUUAUCUAUCUGCUCAUAGUUGUAUCAAUAAGAUUUAUAUAAUUCUGCCUUUGCUGCAAAUACUGCUGUUGUUUUUGGAAUUCUCACACUUAGGUCUGCUGAGGUGAAUAUGGAGAGAGAUUUUCUGGGCUUGGCUGUCAAACAGGAGAUUACUGAUGAAUCAACUGAUGCAGAUUCAAAUAUGCAUCCCUCAGCUUAUUAUAUUGAAAACCGAGUUCUGCAUUGAGGAGUUCAACAAUGCACUGGUCUUUUCCAAACAAGGCCUCUUUUGGCUCUAAUCUCUUAUCUUUUCAAGAAGAUAAACCUCUCAAGGCUGGCUUUGAUUCCCUUGCUUCAACUGGAUUGGUUGCCAUAACAACCGAUUCUUUCGACUCUGAUAACAAAUUUUAUGGCCCCACACAGAAGAUUAAUGGUCCCGAGCAAGGGCAAGGUGGAGGAGGCCGGUAUGCAGCUGCAAGUUUUAACAAUCAAAUGAAUCUAAAACUUUCACCUUUUGCCCCUGCCAGUGUUCAUCGCUCGUUCAUUGAUCCAAAUCCGAUGGGUUCAUUGAGCUUGGCCUCACAACCUGUCCCUCCUGUUCCGUUUUCAAAUCCUGUCACAGCUGUACCUUCUAGCACCGAUUUAAGAAAUGGCUCGAAGAUCCCACAGAAUCCUAGUAAUCAGCUGACAAUCUUUUAUAAUGGUUCGGUGUGUGUCUACGACAACAUUUCUUCUAACAAGGCUCAGGCUAUAAUGCUACUGGCUGGAAAUGGCUCCCCAGCGCCGAGAGCUCCUGUUCUUGAUCCCUUUGUUGUAAGUCAGCCUCAUGUCCGUACUUCAAGCCCCAUCGAGGUUACUCCGCUCAGCAUUGCUCCACCUGUCGUCCAUCCUUGUAAUAAUGAUACAAUUCCUACUAAGCCAGCCAGAGCUUUCAUGCCUUCAUCGUUUGUUGCCGAGCCUCUGAAAGCCGCUAACACCGCCAAGUUUGUUCCCUCAGACACCGUGCCUCAGUUUCGCAAGAAAUCUUUGGCUCGAUUUCUGGAGAAGCGCAAGGAAAGAGUGAUAAAUGCAUCACCAUAUGCUGCUGCUGCUGCACUCAAGGAGCCACCAGAUUCCAGCAAGGCUCUGGUCUUGUCCCAACAAUGAGCUAAGAUGGUCGUGAAUUUUGGCUGAAGAUGAUGCGGACAACACCCUGUUAUUACAGUUUAUUGAAUACGUGAUAUCAUAAAUAUAUUAAUGAUUUAUACAGAGCUGUAAUAAUUUAUAUAUAUAUAUAUAUAUCUCUUUUACGAUA